GACAAGGAGAUGGAGCAGCAGCGCGGCUUCGGUUGCUCAGGCCCAAAUUGGGUGGCCGCACGCGGAGUACGACACCCUCGCAUGAUUACAUGUGACUGUGCACGUGAGCGGUGAUGAGAGCUCCUGAUGGAAGAGAAGAAGAGUAGAUGUUGUUAUAAUACAAGAAUAUAAUGAUAUAAGAAGGAGAUAUAAAGAAUAGAAACAUCAGAAAAAGCGUUGCGUUUAAUGUCGGGUUUAAGGCUGACGCUUAACUGGCGAAUAACGGGAUCAAACCUAGCCCUGGCGUAUUGUGUAUUAGUAGUGGAGUAGUGGAGUAGUAUCUAGUAUCAUCAUUACAGUAAAAGAUACAACAAUGUGCAAGCCUACUACCUGCGACAAGUGCUCCGGCAAGACCUGGUUUGGAUGUGGACUCCAUAUUCCGUCUGUUCUCGACAAUGUUCCGCAGUCUGAGUGGUGCUCGUGUCCUAAGCCUGAGGGAAGUGCUUAUCCUCCUAAGGGGCCGAUGCCUUCCGCUUGAUUAGGCUGAGAAGACCUCAGUGUCUGUCUCGGCGUGAUUUGGCUUGAGCGUGUCUAUUGAGUGUGUCUUUGAAUGAUGUUGAGCAAUGUCAGAUUGAGCGUGCUCUCUGAAUCUACUUUAUCAACUUGUAUGAAUUGAUGGUGGAUCUGAGAGUGGAGUAGAAUAGUGAAUAGAGUGAGUGAGUGAGUGAGUGAGUGUGGGGAUGUGGGGAAUGUUCAAGAAUAUCAACUACUCAAUUAUCUCCCCUCAAUCAAUAAUCAGUAAUCAGUAAUCAGUAAUCAGUAAUCAGUAAUCAGU